CAUAUUUAACAAACGGAUCAUCUGAAACCAAAAACAGCGCCUUCCCAAAAUCUGGCAUAACCAGGAAGUACUGAGGUGUCACAUGAUUGUAGAAAAAUGGCUGCGGUACAGUGGCGUUCCUGCGGGCGCAACUAUGAGGCAGAGCUGCAGAAAUAUCGUCCUGAAGCCGCUCUGGUUGAGUUUGGAGACUACCAUCCCCUCAAACCCAUCAUGGUGACCGAUACAAAGACCCGCCGCGGGACUCGUAAAGGCAGCACGUCCUCGUCUUCCUCCUCCUCCUCCUCAGUGCCCCCGGAUCCCCUCAGCUCCAUGAUAGAUGGUACCGACCCCCUCUCCAUGUUUGCCGCAGCCUCGGCCGGUGACACUCCUGCCAUGUCACACAGCGCCUCCACAGGGGACCUGGGGAGGAAGAAGAAGGAGAAGGAGGAAGAGGCGGUGGGACCAGACUUUGAGCCGUGGUCGGCAAAACGAGGAGAAAUCCUUGCCAGGUUCACCACCAACGAAAAACUCUCAAUUAAUCUUUUCAUGGGUUCUGAUAGAGGAAAAGCACCAAGUCCAGGAUCCUCAGCUGUUUCAGAGAAAGUUCGUACUCGCCUGGAGGAGCUGGAUGAUCUGGAGGAGGGUUCCCAGAGAGAGCUGCUGAACCUCUCCCAGCAGGAUUACGCCAACCGCAUCGAGGAGCUGAACCAGUCCCUGAAGGAGGCCUGGGCGUCUGACCAGAAGGUCAAAGCCCUGAAGAUCGUCAUCCAGUGCUCUAAGCUCCUGUCCGACACCUCUGUGAUCCAGUUCUACCCCAGCAAGUUUGUUCUCAUCACCGAUAUCCUCGACACUUUCGGCCGGCUGGUGUACGAUAGAAUCUGGACCAUGUGUUCAGACCCUCGACCCCUACCAGACUCGUUCACAGUUGAAGAUGUGAAUGACACGGCCAAGGAGACGUGCCUCAACUGGUUCUUUAAGAUCGCCUCCAUCCGAGAGCUUCUGCCCAGACUAUACGUUGAGGCUGCCAUUCUCAAGUGCAACCGCUUCCUGACCAAAUCCGGGAUUCAGGAGACGCUCCCUCGGUUGACAGCCAUGAUUAGAGGGAUCGGAGACCCCCUGGUGGCGACGUAUACCAGAGCUUACCUCUGCAGGGUGGGCAUGGAAGUCGCCCCCCACCUGAAAGACAGCCUGAACCGCAACUUCUUCGACCUGCUGGGCACCUUCCGGCAGGUCAGCGGAGAGAGCGUCCAGAACCAGCUGGUCCUGCAGAGGGUGGAGAUGCCCGAGUACCUGACACUUUAUUCGCCCGCCAUCAACUGGAUCCUGCAGUGCAUCGCCUACAGAGCUCCAGAGCCUCUGCUAACAGAGAUGAUGGAGAGAUGCAAGAAGCUGGGGAACAACGCCUUGCUGCUGAAUUCAGUCAUGAGGGCGUUCAGGCCAGAGUUUGUUGCAGCCAGAGCCACAGACUUCAUCAGUAUGAUCAAAGACUGCGACGAGGCCGGCUUCCCAAAGCACCUGUUGUUUGGGUCUCUGGGUCGCAGUCUUGCGUGUGCUGACCCUCCAGAAUCCGAGAGACUGACGAUCCUCAAUGAAGCCUGGAAAGUCGUCACCAAAGUCCGCAGUCCACAGGAUUACAUCAACUGUGCUGAGAUCUGGGUGGAGUUCACCUGCCGACACUUUACAAAGCGUGAGGCUAACACCGUUUUGGCUGACAUCAUCAAACACAUGACCCCUGACCGCGCGUUUGAGGACGCUUAUCCUCAGCUGCAGUCAGUCAUCAGGAAGAUCCUCACCUACUUCCACGACUUCUCCAUCCUUUUCUCCAUGGAGCGUUUCCUGCCGUUCCUAGACAUGUUCCAGAAGGACAGCGUGAGGGUGGAGGUCUGCAGAUCCAUCAUGGAGGUCUUCAUCAAACAUCAGGUGGAACACACCAGAGACCCGGUCAUCCUCAAUGCCAUGUUGCACAUCUGCAAGACCAUGCACGACUCUGUCAACGCUCUCACUCUUGAGGAUGAGAAAAGAUCUUUGGCUCUGCUGAUCAUUGGCUUCAUCCGCAUGGUUUCUUUUGGCCGUGACUUUGAGCAGCAGUUGAGUUUCUGUGUGGAGGCCCGAGCCACCUUCUGUAACCUGGAGCCUGUACUCGUGCAGCUCAUUCACACGGUGAACCAGCUGGCGAUGGAGACCAGUAGGGUGAUGAGAGGCAGUCACUCCAGAAAAACGGCAGCGUUCGUCAGGGCGUGUGCGGCCUACAGUUUCAUCACCAUCCCGUCUCUCAGCAGCAUCUUCAGCCGUCUCAGCCUCUAUCUGCUGUCUGGUCAGGUUGCGUUGGCAAACCAGUGUCUCUCCCAGGCGGAUGCUUUCCUAAAGGCAGCGGUCAGUCUUCUUCCAGAGGUUCCCCGCUCCAUCAGUGUGGAGGGGAAACUUCGCUCUUCGGAGAGCUUCCUGCUGGACUUCAUCAACAACUUCCUGUCUACGCUGCUGGUUGUCCCGGACCAUCCAGAGCAUGGCGUGCUCUACCUAGUCCGCGGUCUGCUCAACAUGGUGCAGGAUUACACCUGGGAGGAGAACAGCGACGCCAAGGUGCGGGUCUACAUCAGCGCUCUGCCACUGCUGGCCGCCAUGAGCCAGGAAACCUACCUCUACUCCAUCCCUAAAGUGGACUCCAAUGAGACUCUUUAUGGAGGAGACCCCAAGUUUCUAUCAGAGAUCAACAAACUGUGUGAAACUCUGAUCGGGCAGAUCCUGGACCACCUGAAGGGACUAGGUCGGGACGAGCAGAGCACACGGCGUCAAGGCACUCUGGCCUUUUCCCUGUUCGGUGUCCUGCUGGCUCAUGGUGACCUGAGGAACAACAAGCUGAGCCAGCUGGCCAUCAACCUGUGGAACCUCAGCCACAAACACGGAUACUGUGAGACCCGUAUGUCAGUUCGGACCCUGGAGUACAUCAAACACCAAGCUCAGCUGCCUGACAUGAGUCACCUGUCAGACACAGUCCAGAGGCUGGCACUGCAGUCCCGCACCUGAACAUCACCCUCAACAAACUUUGUAAAAUGUUUGUAUAAAUAAAAGAUAACAAGAAGUACAAGAAAAAAAAUAUGCCUUAAUGUAUUUUGCGUGAGGACACUUUGUGAACAUUUGAAAGGGUGUGACUGGAUAAAAAGCACCUUUGGAUACAUCAUUUUACAUUUUGGUACUAAAUAUUUACAGUUUGGAUACCUGUAGACUGAAGUAACAGAAAGCUGUUCUUGUGCCAAAACUCCUUGUCUUUGCAAUGUUCAAGCCUAAAUAUAGCACGUAAUUAAACUAUCAUAGGACAAACUGAAACCUUUAAUUAAAUAGUUCAUUCAGUUUUCUUCAUUUGUCAUUUUUAGUGUCAAAAUUGGAGUCAGAUGAACUAAAACAAGCUACCAAACCCUUAACUGAAGGAUCAAAUGAUUCAAAGUCUGCGAAGGGAGACAAAUGACAUUUCUCUGCAUGUAUACUGCUUUUCUGUCGCAGGUGGGUGACUUUAAUACAAAAAGAGCAUCAUAUCUGCAAAGUUUUUGCCUAAUUUCAAAGUAAAAUUACUUCAAUCACUGGAAAACUCGCUGCUGCAGCAUUCAUUGUUUUGUUUUUUUUGGCAGUUAUACAUCUGUCAGUACUGCAAGCUCAAGCUUUGCUGUCAUUUCCACUUGCGUUGUUACCUGCAGUUUUCCCCUGCACCUUAAAAAACAGUUAUCUGUAUUGCUACAUAAUCUAGUAGCAUGCAUGCAAUUUAUACAAUGUAUUAUCUGUUUAAUAUGUGCAUUUGUAGAAAUAAAUAUUCACCUUUCUUUGCAUUUAAACAUCAA